UCAUGUCUCUAGGUCUUUAUAAAUACGUUCAUUCCCACAAUUGAUAAUUUGAUAUCGCCGAUCCAUUUUUUCCCAUCCCGGCUCCCGCAGCCCUAACGGAAUUUUGAGGCUACGUUUCCAGUCGUCAUGGCAAAGAGAAGAGGGAAAGCAUCAAAAGGUAAAGAACAACCUUCAAACAGUUCUAUUUCAAAUAAAGGUGUUAAGAAAAUUAUAAAGAAGAAAAAGAAGUCCAAGAAGACGAAUGAAACUUCCAAUUCAAAAGUUGUCCAUUCUACUUCAAAACGGGAUCUUGUUAGUGCUCCACAUGCCUCAGUUACCCCUUCGAUCCUUCUUGGCAAUGAUCGGGAGAACCAAAAUGAAAAGGAGGGAAAAAACCAUUCCUCUGGAUUCAUCUUUAUGUGCAAUGGAAGAACAAAGCCUGAAUGUUACGAAUAUCGUGUUUUUGGCUUACCGAAAGGGAAAAUUGAUGUUGUGAAGAAUAUAAAUCAUAAUACAAAGCUAUUUUUGUUUGACACUGACGCGAAGCUUCUCUAUGGAAUAUACCAAGCUACUAGUAAGGGUGCAUUGGAUUUGGAACCAACAGCUUUCAAUGGGAAAUUUCAAGCACAGGUGAAGUUUAAGAUAUUCAAGGAGUGCUUACCUCUUCCUGAGAGUGCUUUCAGACGUGCUAUCAAAGACAAUUAUGAGGGUGGUCCUAAAUUUAGACAGGAGCUCAGUAGCACACAGGUAAAAAGUCUAGUUUCCUUGUUCCGCCCUAUUGCCAAGAAACCAUCUGCUAAGAAAGCACAUGCCCGUCCAAAUGUGGCAGUUCAGCCAUCAUUUAGGCCUACACGAACUAAAGAAGUGGUUAAAUCAUAUCUUCCUGAGUACUCAUUGUCUGGAGUGCACUACCCUCCGAUGCUUGAGACAAGAUCUCACCAUGCUGUCCAUCAUGAGCAGUAUGAUCCAUUCGAACCUGGAAUACAUGUCUCUCAUUCACAAAUGCAGCCCAGGCUUGUUAGAAUAGAUGCCCCUCCUCGUCAUGUUGAACCUUAUCAUCCAGAGCAGACACAUGAAGCAUAUUUUCAUGGAAAAUCUUUUAUACACCCUCAAGAUUCGUAUGAAAGUAUUCGCAAUACGGUUGAGACGAAUCUCGGGGGUCAUCCAUUUAUGUAUGGGCGGCAAUAUACAUCACAGUUGCUGGUGGAUCAAGAUGUUCCUCGCGUAGACUAUACUCCUGGUUACUAUAGACGACGGCUGUCUCCUACAAUCACACAUAUCCCUCCUCUGUCACAAGCUGGAUCAUCUGCACAUUAUUCACAAAAUAGGUUGCCAUCACCGUAUCGUCCACAGAACAGGUUGCCAUCCCCUCAUCGCCCUUACUAUUCAGCUGAGAUUUCACAAAUGAACAGGUUGCCAUUGCCAUCCCCUCAUCUGUCUCAGGAUCGAGGCAGGGGAUAUGUUGAUGUCAGUUUGCCACAAGGCGGACCAGGUUCUGGUAAAGUUAGCUACGGCGAUGCAAAUUUGUCAAUCUCUUCUUAUUAUUCGUCAGCUGCUGCAAGGCUAAGCUAUCGGUAAAUAGCAACUUUGGAGCUUGAAUAUGGUUUUAACUGCUUUCACUGUCGGUCUCUGAUGAAGCCAUAUUUUUGCAUAUUGUUGGUAUUAAUUGCAUGUAAUAAAAAAAAACUUUAAAUUGAUUUUAUGCUAGAAUUUGUUUGAUUAGUGUAA